GUUUUUGUGUGUCUGUGAAUCUACGUGCGCUCCGUUCUGGAAACCUGCUCGUGUUGAUUUCUCUUUGGGCCCACAUCUAAAAAUACCCCCGGUGUCCUUGUGAUGAAGAUGGGUGUGUCCAACAGGAUGCUGAGGGUAUAACCUUGCAGUCCGCAGUCCACAGAUACAGUAUUUUCACUCCACAUAUCCACGCUUUUUACACCGGAAAGCAGAAGCGGCAGCAGAGCUUUCCACAUGAAUACUUACACAUAUUUUGUGGAGGAAAUAAAUUACAUGAGACCCAAAACAAAGGAGGAGGAGGAGGAGGAGGAAGAAGGAGGAGAUGGAGAUGAGGGAAAAUAUGAUUCACAAAUCAAGGAAUUAGACCUCCAGGUGACCUGGCCUCCGCCUCUGUUCAACAAAGCAGACGAAGAGGAUUAUCGUUUUGUGGGACAAGAAACCAUCCCGAAAGAAACUUUGGACGGAAAUGUCACUCUGGGAGAUGAUGAGGAAGAAAAAGACGAGUGUGAUGGAGAGAAAGAGGGUGACGGGGCCUGUGAUUCAAACUGCAGCAGCUCCACAGCCGGCGCCGAAGACGUUACAGGACAAACACAAACACGAGCUCCAGUGUGGUAUCCCAGCGUCAUCUGCAGCCUCGGUAAAGACAUCUACAACUACGUAGGACAUGACAUUGUCAUUUAUGAAGCCCUAGACUCCUUUGGAGCCGUCAUGUGGCCAGCGGCGUUGGCUCUGUGCUCCUUCCUGGAGAAUAACAGGGAGAUGGUGAACCUGCAGGGGAAGGAGGUUCUGGAACUGGGAUCAGGAACAGGACUGGUAGCCAUCGUGGCCAGUCUCUUAGGAGCCUCAGUCACAGCCACAGAUUUACCGGAGGUGUUGAGUAACCUCAGGGCCAACGUCAUGAGGAACACCAGGGGGCGGUGCCGACAGCUGCCCCAGGUGACGACUCUUUCCUGGAGCUUCGAAAUGGAACGCACCUUCCCCGCGUCCGUCUACCGGUACGACUACGUGCUGGCGGCAGACGUGGUUUAUCACCACGACUUCUUAAAGGAGCUCCUGGCUACCAUGAAGCAUUUCUGUCAGCCGGGGACGACGGUGAUCUGGGCCAACAGGGUCAGGAUGGAGUCUGACCUGACCUUCACCGAGAACUUCAAAAAGACCUUUCACACAAGUUUACUGUUUGAAGAUGGAGACAUGAAGAUCUUUAUGGCAACAUACAGAGGGACAGAGACAGGGGAGCGAUAGGUGGACAUGUGAACUGGCCAAUGGGGUAACAUUUUGCACAGAUUAUUGGCUCUCACUCAUCUUCUACCACUUUAUCCUCCACAUGAGGGUUGCUGGUGCCAAUCUCAGCUGACAGGGCUGUUUACAAUGAAACUAAAAAUAACUACUCUGCCCAUGUUAACCUGAUGCAUAAACCAACGAAAUAGAAGAAGAUGUAGGUGGUACAAAGGCAGAGACAGUUCUGCAAGUGUGUUUACGGAAGAGGAUUAGGGCUACGUGUAAAAACAAAAAACAAAAAUGAAAGAA